AUGAAGUAUCCUCCCUUCUACUUCCCCUUGUCGCUUCCAUUGGGAUUCGUUCACAGCGAUAGAUCACACCGGCAACAAGAGCCUCUUUAUAGUCCUACUCCUCUUCCAAAAAGACUAGCUGCCCUUCUUCCUUCUACGCCGUCCAUUAUUUGUUUCACUGACUCAGGCAUUUUCUCAGGAGCCGAAUCUGAGCUGAGAGAUGCUAGGCUAGGUCUCGUCUAA